GUCGAUGUAGAAUUCUCACAACAUCAAGCUGGAGCUGCGAUUGUAAGCUAACGCUAGCUACAUCUAUUGUCAAUCAAUUUUAACAACACAAGCAGAGGAAAAACAUGUCAGAUACGGAGACAAAACCAUCCAGCCAAGACGGGGGCGAUAAGAAGGAUGGAGAGUACAUUAAAUUAAAAGUGAUUGGCCAGGACAGCAGCGAAAUUCACUUUAAGGUUAAAAUGACGACACAUCUGAAGAAGCUGAAGGAGUCCUACAGUCAGAGACAGGGUGUCCCAGCAAGCACGCUAAGGUUUCUGUUUGAAGGACAGAGAAUCGCAGACAACCAAACUCCGAAAGAGCUGGGGAUGGAGGAUGAGGACGUCAUCGAGGUUUAUCAAGAACAGACUGGCGGACUUUGGAAUGAUUAAACUCAUGCAUUUCUAAUUUUUUUUUUCUUAUUAUUUUGUAUUUUAUUUUGUAUGUAUGUACGUAUUUUUGUUCAGUUUCAAACCAUCUGGAUCAAAAGCAACUCUUAUCAGGGCUUCCAUAUGUGAGGGUGUGAACAGACUGAGGCGAGGAAGAGGACAGUGGGUCUCUGGUUCUCUGAAGUGCAGGGAUGCUCAUGCUGUUGACCCGAGCACUAGCAUUCAACGUGAGUGUUACACCCAAAUAUAUAUAGACAAACGUUAUUGUGGGUGCUUUUGUCCCGUCUUUCUGGGGUGCCAGCAGAAACAAAUCAUGCUAUCAAGGAACAGUCUGCAUUAAAGUAAUAGUUCACCCAAAAAGGAAAAUGUUACUGUCUAAUCUUAUUACAGCCGCAAGAGAAAGUAAAUUAUCACAAGACGAUACCACACAGUUGGUGUACAGCUUUGUGUCAGCUUUCUUAAAAUAAAAUAAUUAAACCAGAACAAAUGACAGUAAAGUCUUCAAACAGCCCCUCCUGUAUAAUUUUAGUGUUCUGCACUUGGGGACCAAAAACUUUAAUAUUUACUUGUUUAUCUUCUCUAUUUUUAGCAAUUGCUCUGCACCCUGUUAUGAAAGAUUGUAUUAGCCAAUCACAUGCGAGUACACAUGGACUUUGUGGCAAAAAACACAAAGUCCUUCUGGCCUCUUAAGUUUGAGGAGGCUGAAGCAAAGCUGUGUCUGCUGGGCACAUGUCAGAAACAGAGUUUUGGAUGCACUAUGCCUUUAAAUCUGUGUGUGACUAGCAGUGAUGCAAACACUGGCUUCAUCUUCUAUUUCCCUUGUACAGGACAUUGAAAAAUAUUGCUUGCACCCCUGUUCAUUUUGUUGACUGAGAAGUAGGGCUGGGCGAUAUGGAGAAAAUCAAAUAUCACUAUUUUUGACCAAGUACCUCUAUCGAUACCGCAACGA